CCCAUGACAGAAACGAGUAGGCGGGCUAGUGGAUCACAAGUUAUGCUGCACAUCACCAGUAAACUGUGGAGAGAUAAAAUCUAACAGUCUAAACUUUAACAUUGGACCCGUAUGACGUCACUGGGCUGAGGAGGACGUCACACAUCACCACCGGAAGUAGAGAAGAAUCAUUUAAUAACCGUUAAAAAGACGUUAGUUAGCUUAGCAUCUAGCAGCUAGCAGACGGAACAAAACGCCCUGAAUAUCAACAACCAGCCGGUUUAUCCUCCGUUAACUACUCAGACAGCGAACCGGGAGAUCUCCCAACAACGAUAUGCAGUCGUCAGAGCAGCGCUGACAGGCCUGACUCUGGUUUAACACAACCAUGGAGUCCUCCUCCGAGUCCCAGCAGGAGCCUGAGAAAACUUUGCACCACGCAGAGUUGAGAGAGCACCAUGCCACCUCCGCUGUCGUAGUGUGCGGUGAUGACACCGUCCUUCUGACCCCAGGCAGGAUGAGCCAGCGCCAGGUGAAAGAGCGGGACAAGGAGAGGGAGAAGGAGAGGGAGAAGGAGAGGGAGGCAGGCCUCCAAACGCCCAACAGGGAGCACGUGGCCACCCCGUCCAGCCUCAGCCCGGGGGUCAGCUACACCCACGGUUUUGAGAGAGGGAAGGAGGACCUCUUGCCUCUGCCUUUGAAAGAGGACUCACAUUCCAUAUCCAAGAGCAAGUCUGAAACAAAGCUGUACAAUGGCUCCGACAAGGAUGUGUCGACAUCUGGAGGAAAGCUCACCAAGAAGGAGUCGCUCAAGGUGCAGAAGAAGAACUACAGGGAGGAGAAGAAGAGGGCAACCAAGGAGCUGCUCAGCACCAUCACGGAUCCCUCCGUCAUCGUCAUGGCCGACUGGCUAAAGAUCCGUGGCACUCUGAAGAGCUGGACCAAGCUGUGGUGCGUGCUGAAGCCGGGCGUCCUGCUCAUCUAUAAAACCCACAAAAACGGCCAGUGGGUGGGAACGGUGCUGCUCAACGCCUGCGAGCUCAUCGAGAGGCCCUCCAAGAAGGACGGCUUCUGCUUCAAGCUCUUCCACCCGCUGGAGCAGUCCAUCUGGGCCGUGAAGGGUCCUAAAGGAGAAGCAGUUGGCUCCAUCACUCAGCCGUUACCCAGCAGCCACCUCAUCUUCCGUGCUGCCUCUGAGUCUGAUGGUCGAUGCUGGAUGGACGCCUUAGAGCUGGCCCUGAAGUGCUCCAGCCUGCUGAAGAGGACCAUGAUCCGCGAGGGGAAGGAGGACAUGAGCACGGUAGCCACCGGCGGGGAACACUCCAUUAAUUUCUACAGCCUCCUCAGAGCCCACAACAUCCACGGUUUCCAGUUCAACGACAGUGACCAUUUGAAAGACCCAGACCUGUAUUCAGACAAGUCGGACAGGGAGGGAGAACAGGAUCACGAGGAGUCUGACCCAGAAGGCCUGGAGAAGAGCGAGGAGAGCGACAGCGACACGUCGGAGCGGCAGGACGACUCGUACAUCGACCUGGACCCUAAUGAACACCUGAGGGAAACCCCGUACCUGGAACAGUCCCACGAGGAACUCGGAGAGGCUGGCGAGGCCGCCCAGACAGAGACGGUAUCAGAGGAGAAUAAAUCUCUGAUCUGGACUCUGCUGAAGCAGGUGCGACCCGGCAUGGAUCUGUCCAAGGUGGUGCUGCCCACCUUCAUCCUGGAGCCGAGGUCCUUUCUGGACAAACUCUCUGACUACUACUACCACGCAGACUUCCUGUCAGAGGCCGCAAUCGAAGAGAACGCUUACAACCGGAUGAAGAAGGUGGUGAAGUGGUACAUCUCUGGAUUUUACAAGAAGCCAAAGGGGUUGAAGAAGCCUUAUAAUCCCAUUAUUGGAGAGACGUACCGCUGCAUGUGGCUCCACCAGAAAACCAACAGCAAGACCUUCUACAUCGGAGAGCAGGUAUCCCAUCAUCCUCCUGUGUCAGCCUUCUACGUCAGCAACAGGAAGGACGGAUUCUGCCUCAGCGGCAGCAUCCUCGCCAAGUCCAAGUUCUACGGAAACUCCCUGUCGGCCAUAUUAGACGGGGAGGCUCGGCUCACUUUCCUCAACCGAGGAGAGGACUACGUGAUGAACAUGCCCUACGCUCACUGUAAAGGCAUCCUGUACGGCACCAUGACCCUGGAGCUGGGCGGUCAGGUCACCAUCGCGUGUGAGAAAACGGGCUACAGCGCUCAGCUUGAGUUCAAACUGAAGCCGUUCCUGGGCAGCAGCGACAGCGUCAAUCAGGUCUCUGGAAAGAUCAAGCUGGGGAAGGAGGUGUUGGCGACGCUAGAAGGACACUGGGACAGCGAGAUCUUCAUCAACGACAAGAAGACGGGGACGGUGGACACUUUCUGGAACCCGACGACGGAGCUGAGGCAGAGUCGACUGACGCGCUGCACCGUCCCACCAGAGGAGCAGGGAGACUCUGAAUCAGAAAGACUGUGGCAGCACGUGACCCGGGCCAUCAACAACAAGGACCAGACCGAAGCCACCAAUGAGAAGUUCAUGCUGGAGGAAGUCCAGCGGAAGUCCGCCCGCGAACGCAAAGCCAAAUGCGAGGAGUGGAUCCCCGCCCUGUUCGAGCAGGACCCCGUCACCGGAGAGUGGCAUUACCGAUAUGCCGACACGAGGCCAUGGGAUCCGCUCAACGACUUGAUCCAGUUUGAGAAAGACGGCUGUAUCCAGACCAAGGUCCGACACCGCACCCCUAUGGUACGUUCUGGCAGUCUUAUUAGUCUGAGUAACCAGGGGCCGCGGAGGGACAAUUGCAAGUGCCAGGUGACGGUGCCAAAGAGGAAACACAAGAGCGACAAGCCCAAGAGCCCAGAGAGUGGCUGCUCUUCACCCGAACCCGACCGCCAAGACUCGUCUGGCAGCGAACGACACAAAAGCAAGCAUAACAGCCGGCUGAGGAAAAAAGGAGCGGACCUCAGCGAACUUCAAAGUGCCAUUGAAUCUAUAAAGCAGACGCAGGAGGACAUUAACAGGAACAUCAGCGUGCUGCGGAGUCGCGCGGCAGGCCGGGUGGAGGGCAGCUCUUUCCUCCAACAGCGCGACUACAUCAUCAUUGUUUUCCUCAUCCUCCUUCAGGUCCUGAUCAACUAUGUCUUCAAGUAGCAGCCAUACUCCACAGAGAGAGACAGAGAGACAGAGAGAGACAGAGAGACACAGAGAGAGAGAGAGAGAGAGAGAGUAACGCCCUCACACACACUCAAUAUACACAUAAUGAACAUUACAGUGGGGAACUCAGAGACGUGAACUUUGACCUCUCACAAUAAGAGACUCUCUUCUUCUCUGUCUUUAUUAAAUCCAACGUCCAGAAAGAGUGGAGACUUCCACAUGAAAAGAGACUUUUUUUAACUUUAUUUUUAACCAAUCCAUUCCAAAACUCUGGGGAGAUCCACAGAUUUCAAAAGCGAAGAGGAGCGGCGAUGAGGAGACGCAGUCGGAGGUGAGAUUCUUGGUGCGAUUAAGUCUCAACUGCCACUCUGGAGCUUAUUGAUGAUUUGCCUUGACGUAUAAAAGAGGCAAAGACAGCAGACUUUUUUCUUUUUUUUUUAGCUGUUGUUUGUUUUUGUUUUUUUCUGGAGUGAAACUACUCUGUGAUUUACAUUUCACCUCAAACAGGGAACCUUUUAACACGGAGACGAGUACCGCGGCUCAGAUGGUAAAAUACACCUUUAAUUUUAAUAUUGUUUUUAUUGUUCUUUUUGCUUGGUGUGUCCUUCGUUGAAUAGACGUCUGCUCGGAAUAAGGUGAUAAGGGAGAGAAAAACAAAGUGGUCCAAUGACUUUUUAUUUUUUUAUUAUCAGAUCCUUUAACGUGGGCUCGGGGGAAAUGGACGAGGAAGACGAGUGAUAUUGUUAAAAGGAACAGAAGCUAUAAUUUCUGCUGUAUAUUAAAUCUUCACCUUUUUGCAUACAAAGUCAAUGUUGAAAGAAGAAGCCGUCUGCGUCCUUGUAUACUGUAGGUAGCAUGUACAGACAGGUGGUUAGGAUAUUAGCCCUAUGUACAGUAUUUUGUCUUAAGGCACAAAUGCACUGGAAACGUCAGAUAUUUGUGUUAAUAUAGUUUUUUAUCAUCAGAAUACCUUUACAUUUCUGCUCUGAGGACGUCCGGAGCAUCAACAUAGGGUCCAAAGAAAAUGUUUUUCACGAGCUUCAGUGACCACUGCCCUAGUUUCAUGGAAAGGGAGUUGUUUUAAUCAAAGUCAGCAAAGCUAAUGGAAAAUUAAAUCGAUUAAGGAUUGUGCUUUCUUGCUGAGAAUUAGACGAGAACAUCGAUACCACUCUUGUGUUUGUACGUUCAAUACAACCAGCAGAUCCAAAGGUAACAAAAUCUGCUUACCGGCACCUCUAAUGCUAACUAACACGGUAUAUCUCUCGUUGGUAUAAUCUGCACAAAAACCAGAGUAUAAAGACGACACAUGUUGGUUUUACGGGGAGUUAAGUUAAGUUAAAUAAAUGAGAUACUACGUGUUAAUUAGAGAGCUUGAGACAGGCUGGUAGGUGGAUUUUGUUCGCUUUGGACGGAGCCAGGUUCAGACACAGUGGUAUCAAUCCUCUCGUCUAAAUUAAGUGUAUUUCUCAAAAUAUGAACUAUUCCUUUUACAAUUUGUUCUAUUGAAUUUCAGAUUUAAGUUGUGCAACCACAUAGAUGAAAUGUAAAAGGUGUAAAGACUAGCUAAUCUAAAGAAUAAUCUCCAAAUAUAAAACUCCAGAUGGCUUUACCACGGAAGAGAAAACCCUUAACACUCCCCUUAAACUGCCGACUGCAGCGUCACGUCAAAGUCAAAUUCAGAGCAUCAUCGCUUUCAGUGCUUUUGCGCCUCUCAGAUGUUAACCAGGAAAACUAGUAUAGACACUUUAGUAAGCUACUAGUGGGAGGAGAUAGACUUUGUUUUUCUAAUUAAUGACUACUAAUCACCACAGUAAACCAUUCCAAACGUACGCAAGUACCAGCCAAACUCAGUGUGUAGAGAGUAGAGAGUCGACCCCGUUCACUGUGUAAAUACUAUCCAGACGGGACGGCAGCGUUCCUCGCGAGUAGCGCGUUGGCGUUUUUUUUCAAACACCGAGGUUCACAAUACAGACACUCCCGCGCUCUGUGCACAAGCCAGUCUUUUUUCAACCUUGUGUGUCUUUCUGUCCACUGCUCUGUAGAUACACAUGGACAUGGGCAACAAAAGAAAACAUAUGUGGGGUACACCAUUAUAAUUAUUGUCGCAACUUUAUCCAAACGGCCUCCAGACAUUGCUGUUAUUCAGUCCGAGUUUCAGGUUGAGUUCUAAUCUGUUGCCUUCUUCUUUGGAAACAUUUUAAAAGUCUAAAUAGCAGACAUAAGACCCCGUAAAUGUGCAGAAUUAUGAGGACGUUAAGGGCUGUGUUUAGCGCUAUCACACAGAAAAAACUAACUCUGGUACCAGCAAUCUAGAUUGUAUAUUUACACGUGAGUUUGAAAACUAUUCUUUUCGGUAUCAAUCGAGGAUGAAGGAGGCAGCAUAUUAGAACCCAUACCUGAUCUUUUUAACCACAGUCUGUCAGGUUA